UUUAAGUAUCGAAGUUUCUCUCUAUCCAUCUUUCCCUUGGCAUGGCCUCAUUAAAGUCUUGAUUGCCUCAUCCAACACCUUCAAUUCAUCCCAACGUCUCCCACCAAAUAACCAAAUAAUGCUCCCAAUCCCGUCCUUCUUCAGCCUCGUGACCCUAUGGGAGACCUACCUCCGCCGCUGCUUCACCGCCUCCGGCCUCUCCCCGCGGGCCGUCGAGGUCGACUCGGAGACCAAGACCACCAUCCACUUCUGGGGCCCUGCCGUCAGGCCAGACCCCCAGAAGCCCUCCCUUGUUCUGGUCCAUGGGUUCGGCCCUAUCGCGAUAUGGCAGUGGAGGAAACAGGUCCAAUUCUUUGCGCCGCACUUCAACGUCUACGUGCCCGACCUCCUCUUCUUUGGUGGUUCCACGACUGCAUCAUCUGAGCGGAGUGAGAUUUUUCAGGCGGAGUCGCUGGGGAAACUGUUGGUCAUGGAGCUGAAGCUGGAGAGGUUCUCCAUCGCGGGGACUAGUUAUGGAGGGUUCGUUGCCUACAGGAUGGCCGAGAUGUGGCCAGAGAAGGUGGACAAGGUGGUGAUAGCGAGCUCCGGCUUGAACUUGAGGAAGAGAGACAACGAGGGCCUGUUAAAGAGGGCUGGCCUGGAGAAAAUUGAGGAGCUCAUGCUGCCAACCAAUCCCGGCCAGCUGAGGACGCUUGUGGACCUCGCGGUGUUCAAGCGGCUCAACAUGGCCCCUAACUUCCUCUUGAUCGAUAUCAUCAAUAAGCUGUAUUCAGAGAAUAGGAAGGAGAAAAUGGAACUGCUGAAGGGAGUGACCCUUGGGAAAGAUGACAAUCCUCAUAUUUCUCGUCUUCAACAGGAAGUGUUGCUGUUAUGGGGAGAGCACGACCAAUUAUUUCCACUAGAGAUGGCCACUGAACUGAAGCAGCUUUUAGGGGAGAAGGUGAAAUUGGAAGUGAUGAAGAACACUUCACACGUCCCACAGAUUGAAGCCCCUCUGCGGUUCAACAACAUUGUGAAGAGUUUUUUAUGUGGGCCCUCCUCCUAAUAAUUUCUUUUCCCCUUAAGUUGAUAAAGUAUGCAUAAUCAAAUAUAUAUAUAUAUAAUAUUAUUGAUCUAAAAUAUAUAUGUAAAUAUAAGAAAAAUCCGUGUUGCUUGUAAUACUGUCGGACCAGAUCAGGUAGGAAAUUAUAUUGUCCACUGCAAUUCCGAAUCACAAGCAUUUAAAAAAGUCGUUCAUCGGUAGAGUCACUUUAAGGUAAUUUUGUAAGCUACUCAUAUAUAUAUAUAUAUAUAUUUAUUUAUACACACACAUACAUAUAUGCUUAUUUCCGUAAGGUUAGCCUUCUGUCUUCGAAAAGAUAUGUCUGAGAACCUUUCUAUUGCUCGUAUGUAAUAAAAUUGCCCUUAUAUAUCGAUAAAAAGAUUGCCGGAUUUACUGCAA